AUGCAGCAACGCGACAAUGGAAACAGUGGGACAAGUGGCAAUAACAAGUUCAAGGGCCGACGGAGUUCUACGGAUCAGCAACAGCAACUUGGACGCUUUGAGAAGCUAUGUCACGAAGAGCAUCAACUGUUGCUGUUGUACUUGGUGGGUGUCAUUGCUGGUGAAGAUGCCCUGUGUCGUAUCCCUCUGUCGUCUCCUGCUUCGACUUGA